AUGGGACUGACAUGUGAUGACGCCCAUACAAUUCUUUUGGAUCAAAUUUAUGAUGAAGAUGAAUUGUUUAAACAAAAUAAAUCAAAUCAACAAAAUAUUACUCAACAAAACAAUAUUGAUUCUUCAAUAUUAAAUCAAAAUACAAGCAAUAGUUAUAACUGGGAAUCUUCUAAAGAGAAUCAACAUUUUGCCAAUACACUUCCAUAUCAAACACCUAAAGUUUCAGACAUAAACAUCCAAAAAUCUAACAUUUCUGAACGUCUAACAAGUCAUCAACAAGCAUCUCCCUCCAAAUCAUUCCAAUCUCACAAACCUGCAAGUCGAAUUGUUUCUAAUCAUGGGACGGAUGAUUGCUCAAAAUUAAUAAUGGAAUUAAAUCGAUAUCAACCUGCUGGUGGAGAGACUAAGCGUCAACUUGGCAUCGUCGUUGCGAAAACUCCUAAUUUUGCUAUUCUUUUUACAAGAUUAUAUGGAGAUGCAAUUGUAUUGCCUCGAUAUAUGAAUAGCCAAGAAGAAUUUGAUCAACUUUUUGUGUUAGGACGAUUUAUUGGUGCCACAUUUUCUAGAGUUAAUGAACCAAAACUUAAUGAGUUAACCUAUCAAUUUAUGUGCCUUCCAGAAUAUAAACUUAAUAAAAGACAAUUGAUUGAAACUCGUGUUGUUCUUGGACAAUUUGUGCUGGCUUUUGUAAAAUGCGACUUUAGACAAAAUAAUAUUAGGGAUUGUACUGAGGAGAUGAAAGAAAACACAGAAACUGAACAACGCCAAUAUAUUGAGACUGAACUCGGAAAUGUACUUUUGGUCAAUGCAGUUAUUGAUUAUAAUGAUUUACGUGGUAAAGUAGUUGAUCUUUGGUUAUCACAUAUUCAGAAAAGUUAUGGAUGUUAUUGGCAAAUUUAUCUUUCGGAAAAGAAUAUGUUACAGAACAAUUUAAAAAUCGACGAAAUUAAAAUUAUUGAAGAUAGUACAUUAGAAAAUGAACAUAGAGUUGAAUAUGUGACUAGUAAUUAUCUCUCCGAAGAUUUAUUCUCUAAUAAUAUUGUUUUACAAGAGCAAAAUUACGGGAUUAAUAAAACAAAUUUAUCAAAUAAUUUUCAACAACAAAAUUCAACGGCAAAAUCUCUUUCUGGUUUGGUUGGAUAUGAAAAACCGGAAACGGUUGAUUUGAUGGGUCAGAAACAGCCAUCCCUGUUGCCCAAUUUUGGUGAUGAUCCACCUGUUCCUGAUCAGAAAAAUUCAAUUUUAAAACCAAUUCCGUCGAAAUAUGUAGAAGAUUACAAUCAAUUUUGGCAUGCGAAUUUUCCUGAUACUAUUCCGUUUAAUAAUGACUCUUCAAGCCAUGCAAGUGCUGAAAGUUCCAAUACUCAACAUUAUUUCUCGGAUCUCUCUUCUAAUCUUGGGGAUCGUGAUUUAAUUAUUCGUUCCACACCUCCGCCGACAAUUGAAAAUAAUUUUGGAAAAACUUUACAACAACAAAAGCAAAAUAUUAAUAAAAAUAAUCUUCAGUCCCAAAGCUGGGAUGAUAUUGGAUUGGGGAAUGACUUAUUUGGGAAUGAUUGUGGGAGUGAUGAUUCUGAUUUUCUUGUAAAGAAUACUCAACAUUGUCAACAAUCAAUGGUUGGGACAUCUAAUUCUCUUUUGGGAAAUAAUAAUUUAAAUAAUAACAAUAACGCAUCCAAAAGUAUCAACAAAUUUGUAGGUCCAAUUGGUUUUGAUUGUGAAGUGAUUGGUAUUUCAUCACAUGAGGAAACAAAGAAUAAUAGGGAUUAUGAUGAUUUGAUAAUGCUUUGA